UCUUAAACAAAAUAGAAUUUUUAUAAUAUGAACUCCAAACAGCUCACAGGCGGAAGGAACAACUCGACAUGAACGACGUCGUUUGAAGUCUUUUUUUUUCUUUCUUUCUAUUUCCUUUUGCUGAAUAGUAAACCUCCAAUAGCUAUGGUCUUUCUUUCGCUCCAAUUUUUUCUCUCUUCUCGAUUCGUUCUCUCUCUCUCUCUCCUCUCCCUCGAUUCCUUGCCUUGCCUCUGCCUCUGCUUCCUCUUUUUCCGAUCCUUCUCUCCAUUUCAUCACGAAAGCAUUCUCACUCUGCAACCUCCACAACCCAUAUUCCCAUCUUCCUCGUUUUGAAGAGCUCUCUAGUUUCAUGGUAUAUUUCCGUUUCUACUUACGUCGCUCAUCCUCAAACUUUGGUCGUCUCGCCGGUUCGUUGAUAAAUUUCGAAAAGAGAAUGCGGUGAUGGUCAUAUUUUCUGUUUAUAUGUGAGAACUCGAUGGAUAGGAAGCAGCAUAUUGCAAUUUUUACCACAGCCAGUCUUCCAUGGAUGACUGGAACUGCAGUAAACCCUCUAUUUCGUGCUGCUUAUCUUUCUAUGGAUGGGGAUAGAAAGAUCACACUGGUGGUUCCUUGGUUAUCUUUAAGGGAUCAAGAACUUGUAUAUCCUAGCAACACAACCUUCAUCUUACCCUCACAACAGGAGAAAUACAUUCGGCAAUGGCUAGAAGAAAGGACAGGAUCAAAAUUUAAUUUCACCCUCCAAUUUUAUCCUGGGAAGUUUGCUGUGGAUAAAAGGAGCAUUCUCCCUGUUGGUGAUAUUUCAGAAAUUAUUCACGAGGACGAAUCAGAUAUUGCUAUCCUUGAGGAGCCUGAGCAUUUAACAUGGUAUCAUCAUGGAAAGAGGUGGAAAAAUAAAUUUACAUUGGUCAUAGGAAUUAUCCAUACCAACUACUUGGAAUAUGUUAAGCGCGAGAAGAAUGGGGCUGUUGAAGCUUUUCUUCUUGAAUAUAUAAAUAGAUGGGUUGUUCAUAUCUAUUGCCACAAGGUGAUUAGGUUAUCUGCUGCAACCCAGGAUUAUCCAAAGUCCAUUAUCUGCAAUGUUCAUGGAGUCAAUCCCAAAUUCCUUGAGAUAGGCAAGAAGAAAAUAGAACAGCAAAAAAAUGGGGGGCAAGUUUUUGGCAAAGGCGCCUAUUAUAUUGGUAAAAUGAUAUGGAGCAAGGGGUACAGGGAACUGCUUAAACUUCUUACCGAUUACCAAAAGGACUUGGCUGAGCUUGAGGUUGAUUUAUUUGGAAAUGGAGAGGAUGCUGACGAAGUUCAGAAAGCUAGUCAAGACUUGGAAUUAUCUGUUAAAGUUCAUCCUGGUCGUGAUCACACUGAUCCUAUCUUCCACGAUUAUAAAGUCUUUCUGAAUCCAAGCACCACAGACGUUGUUUGCACUACCACAGCUGAGGCGUUAGCAAUGGGAAAAUUCGUUGUAUGCGCUAAUCAUCCCUCCAAUGAGUUCUUCAAGCAAUUCCCAAACUGCAUUCUCUAUGACAACAGCGAUGGCUUUGUUAAGGCAAUUUUCAAAGCACUGAGUGAAGAGCCGGAACAGCUUACAGAUGCGCAAAGACACGAGCUCUCGUGGGAAGCGGCAACAGAACGUUUCCUAAAGGCUGCUGAACUUGACCAGCCUCUUGCAAGAAAACCCCAAAAAACUCGUUCAAAGAAGUUUCUAUCUCUAUCAUUACAACUUGGUAGAAAAUUUGAUGAUGCGUCAGCAUAUAUACAUCACAUGACUCUUGGAUUUGAGGGUUCUCGAAGAGUUUUCGGUGCCGUCCCCGGGAGCCUGCAUCCAGAUGAACAACAAUGCAAAGAGCUCGGAUUAGCUAGUCCUUCUAGCAGAAGAGGUUCGAAAAAGUGAUUAAAGCAGUAAAUGCAUCAGUUCUGAUCCUCCCCCUUCAAAACCUUUCCAAGGAAUGUUAGAAUCGAAAGAUUGUUCAUAUUUGCUCUCCUUGUUCUUACACAUUCUGUUAAUUUCUGAAGCUGAGAUUUGUAGUUAGAGACAUCAGGACAGGAAAUGAUUGCAAGUGACUCUAAGUAAUCAGGGCUUCAGGACUAAUUCAGGAGUAGAAGAUAUUGAUAUAAUACCAACCCAAAUAUCAUUAAAUACCAAACUAUUUUUUUUGUA